GCAAAACAUAUUUUUGAAAAUCUAGCUCGGAGUUCCAGUAAUAAUAAAUAAUUUUACACAAAUAAUCAUGACAGAAUCCAAACAAAUCACAUCCGCCGUUGCGAGUGUUAUUGUAGAAGAAAUCUUGGCCAGCUUUGGUGUAAUUGUCGAAGAACCAGAUACUGGCAAGAUCGACGAAGUACUUCGUGCGACCAAACAUUCCGAUAUUCCAAUGGUUUCAAUACCAUAUGCAAGUUGUAAUUCGUUUGUAGAUACAGAAUUCAGAGAAAAUGAACACCCUGGGGUAUCUUCGCAAGCUUCCGUUGCGCCUCAGGAACAUGUUUCUCCUAUUUUAAAACUAGCCAAUGACGGUUCUCGGUCUAAUGAUGAAACGCAAAAAUCUCCCGCGACCAAUGUUCUUAUGUCAACGGAACAAUUCAACAAUGUCGAACGGGCUCUGCUAGAACAGUGCUCGAACGUCGACGAGGAGAACAUGGAACUAGCAUAUUUGACGUGCUCGUUGUCAUUGAGUAUGGUGGAAGCAGAGUUCUUAAGAAUGCAGCUGAAGCUGUUCAAUCUGAAAGCGCGAUCAAUACUCGAAUUGUUCCAGUACUGUGAAGGUUCCAAUAACGGGUUUUGUCGCUGUCCAGAAAUUCGUAAACGGGUUUAUGAAAUGGGGAUUCUCAUACAACGAGCUGGUAGUUAG